GGACACGUCUUUUAUUCAGUUUUGGUACAGCACCAGCACGUAUUCACUUAUGCCAAUUGGAGACGUCAGUGUCGGCCACAGCUGCGGAGUGCAUCGUGCUGAAAAAAACUUAGUUGAAGUGCGAACUUCGUCGACUGCGAGCGUUGAGUGUCUGUAGUUUUAUAAUUAUAAUUUCUGUAGUUUUAUUUGAAGUUAUUGUUCUUGUUCAGUGGGACUGUUUUGUUUUAUAGUGCAGAAUUGCAGCAACAAGGGAGCGAUGAAAGCGUGAUCACUAGCGUAACACUCUUCUUUCUACCAUGUACCUCCUCCCAUCACUGGUCGCCUUGCUGCUAGCAACGGCGACAUUCUUAUUACCCUCUACAAUCGCUGACAACGAAGAAGACUUCGCUUUCGAUGUCACUGAAGACUUGGAGAUUGAGUUUGAGGGAGAUAAGCUAGUUAAAUGGAACGAGAAGGAUUUGGUAGCCUAUGUUGGAAGGACUUUCCAUUUGGUUGUACCGAAAGAGAGCUUUAAAGGCGUUGUUAAAAGUUUUGAGGUGAAACGACACACAGGAAAAGGUUUACCAUCGUGGCUUCUCUUCGAUAAAAAAGGAGGCGUUUUCUGGGGCGUACCGCUGAACCAAGAUGUCGGAGUCCUCCAUCUUACAAUAAAGGCUAUUGGAGAUAAAGCUAACUCCGAAGAAAUAACAAUCAAAGUUGUAGAAACAACUGAAGAUGCCGCAGGAGUAGAAAAAUGUAAACCGAACGAGGAGAAUACGGUUUUAACGUUACUGCUAGACAAAAAUAUCAGAGCUAUUAAGCCAAAGCAAAGAGUGAUCGCUAUUAACAAUAUUGCCCAGUUUUUCGGAUUGCCGCAUAGUGCCUUUACAUUCAAACCUCAACUAGAAAAAGACGACAUUACAGAUAGUUCCGUAGUACUAGCCGGUCCUGGGAAUUUACGAUCAAGAACUUCCAAGGUAACAUCUCUUUUGCAAGUAGCUGUAGGCUGUGAUGGAAGACUGUGGCUCUCUACAGCGUCAAUAGUUCACCAAUUGAAGCAGCAAGCGAGAGACGGUACCAUUGCCGAAGUAUUACGCUUACCUCUGAUCGGCUGGAGAGUUAAGACUGAAACAAAACCUGUUGUUAGAACUAAAAGAGGAGCUGACGUUAUUGAUGGUGAUUAUGGUAGCGGAGACUAUAAUGAUGAAGACGAAUAUUAUGACGACUAUGAAGAUUCUUAUGACGGUGAAGGUCUCGGAGAUGUGGAAAAGAUGCCCCCGUCUGCGGCUGCUCCAGUUACUUUGCCCACUCCCAAAAAGACUACAAGUACUACGACAGUGGCUAGUUCUACUGUUUCGACUGAUAUUACUACUCAUCUUCACAGACAUCACCAUGGAGAACUCAACCCUAGUAUACCUAAUGUGCACCAUCAGACAACCCAUAAAAACUUUAAUGUAGAGGAGCCAGUCCCAGUGACAAUCCAACCAUAUAAAACCCAGUCGUCUUCGCCAACUUCUACAUCGACUGCUGGUAAAUCUGAAUUGCCUAGUUUUGGCAGAACUAAGCCUAAACCGGAUGAUAUUCUUACUUACGAAGAUAAUUACGACUACGGGGAAUAUGAUGAUGAAGACGAAGAUUUAGACGAUCCUAUUGAGAGUGAAACUGUUAUCCCAGAUAUAAACAAAAAGAAGCAAACGUUUGUUCCUACUUUCGAAGAUACCGAAAGCAUAACGACUGAGGAGAGUAGGUCGAAAACUACAUCUAAAAUAGAAGCAGAGACUGAACCACCAAGUACAUCUAGCACGUCAAGUACUACUACAAGUACUUCAACUACCAGUACAACUAGCACUACAACUAGUACGACAACAACCACCACAACCACAGCUGCUCCCACCACUAUUGCUAUUAGCUACACUACAACUGCUAGUACCACAGAUCUUCCGACAACUUUCCAGAUUGUUGUAGAAGGAGAUAUCGAGACUGACUUUACAACAGAAACUGAGAAGCCAACGCCCAUAACACCAGAAAUAGCUGAGCCAACUCAGUCAUCAGAAGAGCCUACGGUAGCGAGCACAACGCAGUCGACAACUGUUAUUCCUACAAAUAGUAGCUCUGAAUCGACAAUAACGUACACAACAUCGACAACACCGUUGACAUCCGUUGAAAUUCUUACGACUGAAAUCAGUUCUACUUCAAAAGAACCUUCAUCAACCCAGAAACUGACAACAGUAAGAGAAGUAACGGAAAUUGAGUAUCACGAAAACUUUGAUCCUUUCAUCGAAAAUCGUCUUCAACAAAUGUAUGUGAUAGCAGGAAAGAUCUUCCGAUUUGUGAUACCACAGAAUACUUUUAAAGAUUUUGAAGAUGAGUACGACCUAACUUAUCAAUUAUUGGACUCAAAUAAUAGAACAGUGACAAACAAUAGUUGGUUACAUUUUAAUCCUUCCCGGAGAGAGGUCUAUGGAUUGCCUUUAGAAGAAGACGUGUCGAAAUGGGUAUUCUGGGUGAAAGCUUUGGACAAGGACGGUGGAUACGUUCAAGAAAAGCUAAAUAUUCAAGUUCAACAACACAAACUGGACCUUGUCGUCAACCACGAGUUUAGUUUAAUCAUUGGAAUUGAAAGACAUCAAGAAUUUCAGCACUACGUUGACUGGUCACUAAAAGUACUUAGAGCAUUAGGAAAAAUAUACAAUACAAAUAUGGCGGAAAUAACUGUCAGAAGAAUUAAUUAUACCAUUCAGCCAGUGGUGUUUACUUGGUCAAAUGAUUCAAUAGCUACUAACUACUGUCCAAGAAGUGAGAUAGAAUCGCUAUUUCAAGUUUUAACGGCAAACAAAAUAGGUGAUCCCUCUAGAGAGCUCAAUAUGGCUUUGUCACCGGAAUUGCGAGUCAAGAAAGUAAUUUCUCGCGAACUAGGCGUUUGUGAACAACCGCUCACGCCAGUCACUCCUCCAAUGAAUUUCUCACCGAUUUUACGAAAUCCAGUCGACAAAGUUAAUGCCACCGUUGGAGAGUUACUGGUUUACAAAGUAAAAGAUGAUACUUUCUACGACCCAGAAGACGUUGACCCAAGAAUGUUAAACAUAUCACUCCUCACCGGUGACCGUCAACCGAUUCCACCAGAUAAUUGGUUACAGUUCGACAAUAAAAACAGAGAAUUCUUUGGCAUUCCGAGAAAAUCAGGAAGAAGCGAAUAUCAGCUUGUUUGUGUUGACAGUGGUGGGCUACCUGCAACUGAUAGCUUAGAAGUUGUGGUAUAUCCACCUACGAAGAAAAACUUCAAUGUUGAAUUCAGUAUGAAUAUCACAGAAAUACCGCAUGAAAUAUUUAUUAAUACUGCGUCUUUGCAAAAGAAAUUUGUUGAGAAACUCAUGAUUUUGUUCGAAGAACCAACAACAAACAACUUUUAUUUUCUUCCAUUUAAAAGAUCAUACGAUUCCACAAUUGUGACUUGGUUCAACAAAUCACUACCACUAAACAGAUGUCCUCACGAAGAAAUCAAACGAGUAGAAUCUAUUUUACACAACAUGAUAGAUAAAUCAAUUGCUCAUAAGGUACAUUCUGUUAUGGAACCAGAAUUCAAAGUAUCUACCAUUAAAGUUUAUCCAACGGGUAAUUGCAAGCAAAGAGUUGUUCAAGUUGUUCAAGUUGGUCAAGAAGCUAAACCGGAAGUUAGUGUACCGAUUGAGGAAAGUACACCCCAGUCCAGCAACGAUGAAUAUCUUGUUACUUUUAUUGUACCGGCAGUUAUUGUUUUCGUAAUGCUAUUCUUGGCCGCUUUGGCUGCUGUUGUGUUAUACAGACGACGAAGAAUGGGAAAAAUGAAUGUUGAAGAAGACGGAAGACAAAGCUAUGGAAACAAAGGUAUUCCCGUAAUCUUCCAAGAAGAGUUAGAAGAAAAACCUGAACCUGGUACAAAAGCUCCAGUGAUUCUAAAGGAUGAAAAGCCACCACUAGCGCCUCCAGAAUACAGUAAAAGCGGUUCUGUCAAAUUGGCGGAUGAUUCGGAACCUUACCAACCUCCACCACCCUUUACACGUACUCAGGACAAUGGCAGACAAUCCAGACCAAAACCCACCCCUACUUAUAGAAAACCACCCCCUUAUGUGCCUCCUUAACAAUUACACUUUACAUUUUUUCAGCAAUAAGCUUUGUCUGACUGCCAAUUCGCGCGAUUGGUUCAUAAUUAUUCGAAUAAACCUUUUAUGACUCUGCAACUAAUAUUACUUUAGAUGACUGGCCACAUUUUGGAAUGUAAGAUAAGUCAUUAGUUCAAUGUAAAUACUUAUACAAAAGCGUUAGAAUUUAUACAAUUAUUAAAGACUACUCCGUUGAGGGUCAUAUUUUUAAACGAUAUUAGAAAAAAAAUUAGUACAUACACAGUUGAUUUUGGUUAUUAACUACAAUUUUAAAUUAAGUUCACGGCUAGGGACGGGUGUAAAUAAGAGCGAGUAAAGAAAUAACUCAAUUCUAAAAUCCACAGAAUAAAACGGAAUCACAUUUAAUAUCACAUCACAUUAAUACUGGUAGGUAAUACUGUCGUAGGAAAUUGUCGUGAUUGAUAAUAUUUUAGU